AUGGAUAGUGAUAAACAAACCAUAUACCAUCCACCAGCAGAACAGCAACAACAAAAUGAAGCAAACAACGGUUGGACCAAUGGAAGUGUAACGACAUUCACUGGAACAUUUUCAAGAGGUGGUGCAUUUAAAUCAAAAGGCUUUGUAGAUCCAUCAUAUUAUAGCAGUUCAGUUUUGGUACCAAUUUCAAAAAAUAGUCAAUUAAAUUUAACCAUAUCAUCAACUGAAACUGUUUAUGAAAAACAGAAAUCCUAUACAGUUUAUGUUAUUAAAGUACGAUCAGAUAAUAACCAAUGGGAAAUUGUAAGACGUUAUAAACACUUUAGAGUAUUUUCAAUACAAAUACAAAAUGAAGUUCCCUCAUUAGCAUCAUUCGAAUUUCCAUCAAAGAAAUUAAUCGGAAAUAUGAAUCCAAACUUUAUAAAGAAUCGUAAAGAACAGUUACAAAAAUUUCUCACAUCUAUAACACUAUCACAACCUGCCAAACUCUCUAGAAAUCUUAAGGUAUUUUUAGACCCAAAUUUCUCCCCAUCACUCCGUACCAUUAUUAACCCAUCAAAAGAAGGUUACCUUUAUUUAUUGAGGCCUGGAAAAUACCUUGGUACUAAAAAACAAUGGGUUAAGGUCUACUUUGUUGCUGUAAACUCAAAUCUAUUCUUUUUCAAAAAUAGAGAACAACCAUACAUGGAGGCAAGAGGUGUCAUUCAGCUCUGCCAUUGUAUUACUAAAACCAUCACAAAACAAGAUAGAACAUGCAUCGAAAUUAAUGAAAAUAACUCUGACCAAAACAAUCAAUCCAAAUAUUUAUUCCUUUCAAAAGGAAAAAGCUUUAGUCAUAAAAUUCAUCAUUCUGAUAUUAGCAAUAAUAUAAAUAAUUUUAAUAAUACCAAUAAUAUAGACAAUAAUAAUAAUAAUAACCAGCAAACUAAUGAUAAUGAUAUUUAUUAUAUUUCAUCGGAUUCAGAUUCAAUUUUAGAACAAUGGAUUUUAACUAUAGAAAAAGAAACUUUUAAAUAUUUAAAAGAUAAACAAAGCCCAUCCCAAAAAAUUAAAUUAGGAAAUAAUAAACUAUUAAAUAGAAAAUCAGUUAAAAAACAAUAUAAAGAUGAUGAAGUUAUUGAUAGUCAAUCAAAUAAUAAUAACACCACAGAAAAAGAAAUUCAACUUUUAGAAUCUGAAUUAGCAAAAACAACAUGUAAAGAUUUAAAUAUCGAUUCAAAACUCAUUGAUUUAGAUUCAAACUCUUCAAAAAACUCCACCCCAUCUUCUUCAUUUUUAAUUUCCUCAAAUCAACAGUUAGAUCAAAGCCCCUCAUCCUCCAAUACCACCUCUAACAACACUACCACAACAACAGCAACACCUAAUAGAAAACAAACCAUUUUAGAUAGCAAUAUAAGUUCAAAUUUAAACUUAUUACAUUCAGAAGAGAUUUUAUAUUUCUCACAAAGUAUUAUUCGUGUUCAUCAAAAUGCAGGUACAAUUGGUAGUAUCACAAUUACAAACUAUAGAUUUUAUUUUGCCUCCACCAUAGAUUCAACCAAUGCCACUCUUUCGAUUCCAUUAACAAUGAUCUCAAAAAUUGUCAAGUGUACUGGUUUUACCUUGGAUAAAGUUAAAUAUUAUGCAUUCGAACUCUACUGUAAAGAUUUCAAUAAGGUUAGAUUUAUGCACUUACCAGGUUCAUCGCAACAAAAAGCCAAUUCAAGAUUAUUAGAAAUUUUAGAAUCUUUAAUAUUUAAAAAAUAUAAUCAACUUUUUUGCUUUUAUAACGAAGAAAUUCUUGGUGGUGAUGGUUGGCAAAUUUAUAAUCCAAUUAAAGAAUUUGAAAGAUUGGGUAUACCAAAUGAAGAAUGGAGAAUUAGCCAUUUUAAUAAAGAUUAUAACUAUUCACCAACAUAUCCAAGUGUAAUUGUUGUUCCAAAAAGAAUUAGUGAUCAAGAAUUAAUUAAUGAAACAUCAUUUAGAAGCAAGGGUAGAAUUCCUGCGUUAGUAUGGAAAAGCUCAACAUCAAAUGCAACUAUAUCACGUUGUAGUCAACCAGUAGUUGGUAUUUCUAAAAAAAGAUCACUUGAUGAUGAAAAAAUGAUCGAAUCAAUUCGUUUAGCCAAUCCUGCAUCCGAAAAGGUUUAUAUUAUGGACGCAAGACCACAAUUAAAUGCUGUAGCUAAUCAAGUAAUGGGUUUAGGUUAUGAAGAUACAAACAAUGACACCUAUAACAACUGUGUAUUAAAAUUUUUAGAUAUCGAAAACAUUCACAAAAUGAGAUCUUGUCAAAAGAAACUAUUUAAAGCAAUUAUGAAUGAUCAACAACAUCAACAACAAGAAGUUGAUAAUACAAACAAUUCAAAUAACAGCGAUGAAGUUAACAAAUACAACCUUGAAGAUGCUAAAAGAGACUGGCUUGAAAAUAUUAGAGCUAUUACAUAUGCAGCUGUCGAUAUUGUAGAUUUAAUUCAAUUUUUCAAAUCAUCAAUUGUUGUCCAUUGUUCCGAUGGGUGGGAUCGUACCAGUCAAUUAACAUCUUUGGCACAGAUUUUGUUGGAUCCAUACUAUAGAUCAAUCAUUGGUUUUCAAGUAUUAAUAGAAAAAGAAUGGUUAUCAUUUGGACAUAAGUUUGAAUCGAGAAUUGGUCAUGGUAGUAAAAAUUAUAAAAGCGAAGAAUAUUCACCCAUUUUCCUUCAAUUUAUAGAUUGUGUUUGGCAAAUUAUGGAGCAAAACCCAACAUCAUUCGAAUUUAAUGGCAUCUAUUUAAUGGAAAUUUUACAUCAUCUCUACUCUUGUCGUUUUGGUACCUUUUUAUUUGACUGCGAGGAAAAAAGGGUCUCUGCAAAUUUAUCUACAAAAACCACAAGUAUCUGGUCUUAUAUUAAUCAAAAUGUUCAACCAUACUUGAACAAAAACUAUAAUGCACAAACAUCAAUCAACGAACCACCAAUUCGUGUUGAUACCUCCGAAUUAUCUUUAUGGUCUCAAUAUUAUUCAAAUUUGAAUUAA